GGACACUGGAGGGGGGAGAGAGAGGAGGGAGGGAGGGGGCGGGGGGCACUGGCGAGGUCGACGAGGCCAUGGUGGUGAUGUCUUACUUGUCUCGCAAGAGCAGAAGUUGCCGUCGAGGACAGGAGGAGGGGAGGAGGAGUAGGAGGAGGGGUGCCCUCGAGAGCAGUAGGACGGGCGGACGGGGGGGCCAUCUGAAACUCGAGAGGGGUUUUCUCGUCCGAGUUCCGAGUGUGUGUGCGUGCUUCCGGAGUAGAGACGGGAGGUAGAGAGGGAGGGGGAAUGUUUGUACAUAAUUAAUUUGGAGAGAAUGCUGUCGUGAGACGGGAAGAUUCGGACAGGUUGCGCAGAGCAGCAAUUUGGCCACGAGCUGUGGUGGCAAUGCUCAGAGGCAUACAGGAGAGACCAAUGAUGUGCCCGAGGACGGUGUGAGAUCGUGUAGGACACCUUGAUGUAGCCUCGAACACGCGCGCGAGGGGAGAAGUGUCGAGAAAUCAGGUGGAAAUGCUCCGAUCAGUGGGAAUUGCGACCAGUGACAGGUUCCAUGGUCGUGCAGAUUGCUGACUAUGUCUCCGUUCAGGCUCGUCGGUCGUGCAUUUGACAUGGCCGGUUUAGUUUGACUCUCGUAGUCCAGAUUGCUUCUUGAUCCGGAUAGUCAAAUGGUGCUUCCUGCGUGCGAGGGCGAUCACUAUCGACCGAGGAGGAGGUUCAGAUAGCCGUCUCCAUGCCAGGACGUUUCAAAUCCUGCCGGCGGAGUGCGAGCGAGCUCUUCUCGAAGGAAGAAGAGCAGCCACCAGAAUUGCCUGAAAUGACUCCCCUAAGGUGGAGGUCCACUUCUAUGAAGCAGCUCCAGAAUGCACAGGGUCAAAAUUCUUCGGAGCAAUCCAUUCCAUCUCAUGCCGAGAACGGCCAAACAUCGGGCGAAGAGGUCCCGGCAAGAUCGGCAGAGGAAUCGACAUAUGCAGAAGCCAAGCAUGUAACUCGUUCUCUUCCGGACGCUGUCCUAUCGCCAGAAAAAAUAGCUCCUGGUCAGACUGACAAUGCUUCACCAAAAGAUCGGGAGAUUCCCAGCACGGAGGCGCUUCCCGGAGAACCUCCGAAUGGAGAGCAUGUUCGCAACGCUUCCAUCGGCGAAAUAGAUGGUAGGGGGUCGAUCGAGGGUUCUCCAAUUAUCAAGCCAGCGCCAGUAGAAGAGAUUGUAGAGUUUCAGCCUGUAGACUUGGACCAGAAAUAUCGUCGAAAGGAGCUCAUAAGGCACGUCACUGCUGCGAAAAUCCAAAACAGGGAAGAGUCGCUGCUCAACAAUCCAAGUCUUCCCAUACUAGAAGCGAGAAAAGCGCCGCCCGGAGAUGAGCCUGCUGCAAUGACUAUUGAGUUUCUGCGAGCUAGGCUUCUAGCCGAGCGUUCUGCGUCGAAGGCCACGAAGCAGCAAAUGUCACAUCUCACAAAGAAGGUGGCUGAUCUGGAGGCUAGAUUGGCAGCAGAAGUCGAACUCCGGCAGGCCGAAGUAGAGCUUCGGAAGAAAGCUGAAGUGGCGUUACAAGAAGCACUGGCGAAACUCAACCAAAUGGUUGUUCCCAGUGAACAAGCGAAAGAAACGCUGCCCGUUUCUGCAGCUGGCUCACAGGCCAAUGAAAAUGGAGACCCGAAAGCAGGUGGCGAAACAGCAGCAGAGACGAAUCCAGGGCAAAUAGAGGUAUCACCAAAUAAUAAGACUGUACUGCGUCCGGAGAGCGAAGACAUGUUACCUGCUCAAGCUUCUGACAAAGGAACCUCGGAAUCACAGAAUGGAUCAAAAUCUUCGGAAACGUCAGAUUCUGCAUCUAGUACUGAAAGAGAAUCCAGUUCUCCCAUCCAGACGAAAACCAGAAAAGACACGAGAACUGCCAUCGAGGAGCGGCUACGAACAAUGUGGCGCCAAAUAGGGCAAGAAAUGGCAGCUCUUGGUGACGAGGACAGUGUUAGGCAAGAGCUUAUGGGAUGGAUGGGACAAGUUCCUAAAGUUCUUCAGGCGAAGCAGUCUGAAUCAAGCAAAAGUGUCGCUGGAGCAAAAUUGGGUGUCAUACUACCGGACUCCAGCCUUAACGGUGUGAAGAAUCCAACGGAAGCAGUUCUGGAAGAUGGCUCAAAGACUGAAAGCGCUGCUGAGAAAAGCGAAACCGCAAAAAACAAUGCUUUUGUUGCUAAACAGGUGUCUAAGUUGGUCGAACAAUACGAAGCUCAGGAGACUGCACAGCGAGAAUGGGAGGAGAACUUUGAAGCCCAUCAAACGAACGACAAGGACGAGGACGGAUUACCUCCGCUGGUGACAGCAGAUGGCAACGUGAUUGCGGAGAAUGGAUCGAACAGAGCUUCUCUCCAAACGAAAUCAGAGGCGAUUGCUGCCGUCAAUGCCGAGGAUACUCUUCCUGCACCUCUCUCCAAGUCGAAAUCGUUCGACUUGUCUUCACAAUCCGAGACACAACUUUCAAAAUCCAAGUCUUUUGACUCGUCUAUUAAGCCGGCCUUUGCUCGAUCUAGGACAAAGUCAUUCGAUUUGUCUCAUGACGCGACCUCUGCAAACGCUUCCAGGAGGGCCAGCUUCAAUGGUCGAAUAGAAAUUAUAGAAGAUCAGCCCACAGACAACGGUGUUUCUGACGAGCUGAUUGAUGACGAAGAUGCUGAAGAGCUACCGAACGGGAUCUAUCUACACCAUUCUAGAGACGAAGACGAUUCCUACAGGAGAGCUAGCAAAGAUCUGUAUGGAAGGACUCCCGAACGUCUACCUCCCAGUCGAGGCUUUCAUUCUCCUAGCAGCAGGUCAGACAGGGGGCACAGUAAUGGUUAUAAUUCUCCUGGCAGCAGAUCAGACAGGGGUCCUCACAGGGAACGAUUUCUCUCGCACGGUGCACCUGUCGACAGCAUGGGUGACGUCGACUCGCAAGGUUGGCCAGUGAGGGAAGUGAAAGAUAGAGCUUCUCGUGAUGUAUAUUAUGCACCAGUCAUGAAUAACAGAACUCCAAGAGGUGAUGCAGGUCCUUACGCCCAUUCUGAACGCGAAUAUCUUCAGAAACCAAGGACAGAAAGAGGUUCAGACGAGUCACUCUACAGAAGUGGGCCUGGGCCCCGCUGGGAUCCUCACAUGGGAGAUCCUAGUUGGGUACAAAGGCAGGAGGAGAGAAGGAUGUCCGAUCCCCACUACUCCCACUCCAGCAGUGAAGAUGGCGCAGGAGCUCCCUACCCUUCCACGGAGAGAGACAUGCGGGGUCCUUAUACCUACCCUGAUAGAGAUCACAUGGAUUAUGACUUGCAGUAUAGAAAUACUUACAGACAAAGAGGGGAGCUGGGGCCACGAGGAGAUGCUUACAGGGGCAUGCCUCCUCCUUGGCAAGAAGCAGAAAACCCUGGCAUGGUGAGGAGCAGAACGAUGGGUCAAAGACCAUAUGGAUACGCUCCCCCGUAUAGCGUCGAAGAGCCUCAGCUUGCUCAAAAUAUAGAGGCAGGUGGUUACAGCAGCUACCAUGGUCGAUCCGAGAUGCACUACCCGCCGCAUGCAGCUCCGAAUAGACCUGAUUAUUAUCCCCAGUAUGGAAUGCCAGGUCCCAGGUCUUCCAUGAAUGGCUACCCUUCACAACCAGACAAUCCGAGCUCCAUCAACCGAGGUUACGGUGGGUGGGAUUCGGGCUCUCCUCAGCAAGAACGGAGUGCCGCUGUGGUGCCCGCGGACGAUGGUGAGGCAGGAGAAGUUCUAAAGGCCUUGAGAAUUGCCAAGCAGCAGAUCAAAAGUACCUCUGGUGAGCAGCAGGGGUACAUGACAGCUCAGUACACUGUAUCUUCCGAACACAGAUAUGGAGUUGGAGGACAAGUGUCGAAGACCUCAUACACAGUGGAAGCUCCAGUGGGAUAUCCUCGCGUCACGAAAACUUUUCAUGAGGGUUGGCAUCUGGAAGGUAAAUCGAAGAGGCUGGGAAUGGAUGUGAAUGGCGCCCACGUGUCGGACUUGAUCUCUACUGCGGGUCCUCUUGCUGUCACGAACGGAGAAUCGAGCUACGUUGAGAAGCUCAAUGUCGGUCGGGGCAUCCAAUUUUUUUUCUCUUAAGAGCAAUUAGGCCUUGGUUCUCUCCUGUAGAUUCUUGGUUUAUUGUUUUAUCAUAGGCUCCCUGGAGGUUUGUCGAUCAUGUCACCCGUCGUGCUCGACGUUUACACGCUCCAUUGUUGACUUAAGUUUAGCCAUUUUUCCCCUGUGCAAGGUGGCUCUGAUUUGUGCAUAAGAUAAGUUACCGGGCUCCUUGCAUCUUCAAAAUAAGACAUUCAUCUUUGUUCAUCCGAUAGAAAAUUAUGAGGAUUCAGCAUUGUGAGCCCCGAAUAUAGUCAAAGAAUUGUCCCUACAGGCAUGAGCGCCUAUUCAACUUGUGAGGUUACAGGUUACACUGCCCUGAUUUGUCAGUCCAUGUUAUUACCCUACUUUCAGAGGAUAAUUGACAGUGUCAUUAUAUUG